AUGGACGACCUAUUGGGAGAGGACUGGCAAAAGCCAUCCAAACCAACAGCUCCAUCGAAUAAUCCUCCCUUGAACGCAAACACCUUUGCAUCAAACAUUAGCAGCUUCCGAGCUAGCCCAGCUUUAUCACAGUCUGGUACAGCAUCGCCGAACAUCAGCAGACCUUCCAGCACCCUCAAUGGCGGCGCAAAGCCCCCUGCUUCCUCCGGCGACCAGUUCGGUAAUCUCUUGUCUCUCAAGUCGCAGAAGGCGACCGCAAACAAUGUAUCGAUACAGGAGCGACAAAAGCAAUUGCUGGAAGAGAAGAGACGUCAACAGGAGCAGCAAGCGACGAUGUGGGAUACUUUGGGCAGCGGCAAGGGAACACUAGAGUCUAGAGGGCCUUCCCCGAAUGUAGGCCGCGGCGCAUUCGAAGACGAGGACGAUAUUAUGGCGGCCUUCAAUAAAGACGCACCGGUGGAUAACGCUAGUUACUUUCCGCCUCCGACUUCAGAGGGCGCAAGCGGAAGGAAUACUCCUGCACAGCAUCAGCCUUCGGCUGUUGGUCAGUCUAGCGCUCCAUCAGGUGGCUUCGACGACGACGACGAUCCUUUCGGGCUUGGAUCUUUGCCAAGGCAAAUAAAUGGGCAUGCUGCACCUCAAACUUCCGCGCCCACUGCAGAGGAUGAUGACAUACUUGGAGAUUUGGGAAAGCCUGUAUCAGAGCGACCCCGACCGCCCCCGGCCAAGCAGGCCGUGCCUGCGCCUGAGCGCGAUCUUCCUGCGGAAGAGGAUGUAUCAGACAUACCACAGGAUCGUAAUUUGGCCGAACUUGUAGAAAUGGGGUUCCCCGUCGACUCUGCUAAAAUUGCUCUUGCAGAGUCGGGCGGAAACGUGCAAGGAGCAGUGGGAUGGCUACUCCAGCAAGCACACGAAGAUUCACGUCGAAAGGCUCAAGCGGGAAAUGACGAGAGGCGAGAAAGGCCAGUUGGAGGCAGUAGGAGCCCACAGCGGCGACCUAGGGGAGACCAGGAUGCUAUGCCUGCGUGGAUGAGGCAAGAAUCCCGGUCCGGAUCCGCCGUGAGUAGGCAAGACAGCCGUUCGCCUGCUGGCUUGGACAAAGACGCUGCUCAAAUUGCGCAGGAGUACGGAAACAAGCUUUUCAAAGGCGCUACCUCACUGUGGAAAGCCAGCCAAAAGCAGAUGGCCAAAACCAUGGCAGAGUUUCAACAGGAACGUGAUCCAAGUCAGCCCAAAUGGAUGCAGGACGCAAGUGCCGAUAGCAGCAGAUCCAACAGCCAGCGACGAGCAGACUCGGGAAGCCAGAGCGCAUCGGUGAGACGCGAGCCAGACGUCACAAAUGAAGCUGCCUUGCUUGAUAUGCCCAGGGAACGACCGCAGAAGCCAUCGCGACAGACUAGUGAGAGAGCGGACGAGAUACCUCCAAGGCAAAGGGUUCCGGCAGAGCCGUUGCCACAGCGACCUGCAGCUCAGCCUAAGUUCAUGCAACAAGCGCCUUCUGCCCAAGAGAAAAGACCAAUCACCAAGCUCAGUCGGCAAGCAGUUGAAGAGCAAAGCGCUCAGGCCUACAUCAGCCCAGCUAGGAGGAAAAAGGCUGCACCUAGGCAUGAACUUCAGCCUGAGCCUGAGGUCGACUUGUUCAGUCCUGCGCCAUCCAAAGCCUCCCCAGCGCCGACUCCGACCUCACGAUCUGUACCUUCUUCCGCUCCAACCAGACCAAAGGCGCCGCCUCGCAAUAUUCCAGCUGUUUCUCCGAGUGCUCUUUCUACAUCUGCUCAACAUCGCAAGGCUGGCGGCGAGGCUUUCAAGCGCGGAGACUAUGCCUCCGCCCAUGAAGCCUAUUCUGCGGCAUUGCGGCCCCUUCCAUCAAUGCAUCCUACCGCCAUUAUCGUUUACACAAACCGGGCUUUGACGGGAAUCAAGACAGGCGACGCCAAAACUGCUGUAUCAGAUGCAGACGAGGCACUGAAAGUCAUUGGAGAAAGCCAAGGAGUUGGCGAGACAAUCGAACUCGGUGGCGGUGAAGGUACAAAAGAUAUGCGCGAGUUCUUCGGAAAGGCAUUAAUGCGCAAGGCGGAGGCUCUUGAGCACAUGGAAAAAUGGACCGACGCAGCCGCUGUCUGGCGGAGUGCGGUUGGUGCUGGUGUCGGCGGUGCUGUGAGUUUGAGAGGACGGGACAGGUGUGAGAAAGCGGGUGCACCGAAAACUGCAGCUAAACCUGCGACUGCACGGAGCGCUGCAUCGGGUCCGGUCAAGGCGCCGCCUGCCAAAAGCUUGGGAAACAGCUUGCAGCGACCUACGCUCACGAACGCGACGUCUGCGGAGGCUGUGAAGAAGCUCCGUGCAGCAAAUGCCGCGGCAGAGAAGGCCGAUGACGAGAAGUUCGCUCUUGUUGACCAAGUCGACGCGCGCUUGACUGCUUGGAAAGGAGGUAAAGCAGACAAUUUGCGCGCGCUGCUUCAGAGCUUAGAUGGUGUGUUGUGGGAAGGUGCAGGCUGGAAGAAGGUCGGAAUGAGUGAUCUUGUUAUGCCGAACAAAGUCAAGAUUGUCUACAUGAAGGCCAUUGCCAAGGUGCACCCGGACAAGGUGAGUCAGAUUCGUGCUUGUCAAUAUCCAUACGGAGACGCUGACCUAUCUCUUUUCGCAGAUACCGCAAGAUGCUACCACCGAACAGCGGAUGGUGAGCGCAGCCGUGUUCAGUACGCUGAACGAGGCCUGGGAUAAGUUCAAGAAAGACAACAAUCUGUAA